UUACUGUCUAUGAAGGGGUAGCAAGUUGAUCUCCCAUGGGGUGCCCCUAUCUAUUGCUGCAUCAUUUGUAUCCAUUUCUCUUUGACCAUCCAUUUCUUGGGAAAAUACAUCAAUUGGAUGAUCCAUUUAUAUAUGCCUAUCCAUCCAUUCUUUCAGUCAUCCAUCCACCGGUCGUGCUGAUGGUUUGAUUAUAGCAUGGACCUAAUAGGUCCAUGAUUGUAUAAAGUAUAAAGCGCCCUACUAUAUCAUUAUAGGCUACCCCCACCCCCUCCCCAUACUACAUAAAAACUCGGCGACCCAUGUACACAUUUCAAAGCAGACGUAAUGUACAUGCACAAUUCCCUUGUACAUGUUGCACCUUGCUGCUUCUCCAGGUUUGCUUAGUCUUCUUUCACAUACGUUGUUGCACUUUGCCCCACGGCGUGCCUUGUAAAGUUCUGUUGUAAGACUCUACAUGCUGGUCGGCCCUGGAAAUCACAACUCUGAAGCACGUGCACCGCGCAAUACUCAACUUCUCAUUUUUCCAUAUCUCGAUGCAAGCUUUCUUGUGUGGAUGCAAAAAUAAGAGUUUUCCCAGAAAUCUUGUCCCUGACGUCAUGUCUGCCCCCCCUCAUUUUUUGACUCAUGACGCCUUUACUCUGCUUGUUCGACCUUGAGCCGUUGGUCCCCUGGUUGCUUGCUCACAGGCAUUCGUGCUUUCUUAGCAGUCAGGUAAAAACCUCGGCAAAGAAAUAACAGAAAUUAGCAACUUGAUGCGUACGUUGGUCACAUUCAUGCUAUCACGGUCUACACAAUGUAGACUACACGUACGUACUUCGCAUCAACAGGUUUCUCAGCUCACCUUUUGACCUCGCGAGUUCAAUCUAAACAAACGAAGAGUAGUCAAGUGUUGCAUUGGGAUUGUAUCUUCGUUAUGUUUUACUACAGGCCUAUAUUUAACCCCGCAUUGGGGUUGCAUCUUCGUUAUGUUUUACUAUAGGCCUAUAUUUAACCCCGCAUUGGGGUUGCAUAUUCGUUAUGUUUUACUAUAGGCAUAUAUGAUUGCAUCUUCGUUAUGUUUUACUAUAGGCCUAUAUUUAACCCCGUAUUAAACAAACCCUGUUUUAUAUCGUAGAACCUGCUCUGAAAGUAAUCGUUUUUCUCUUCGCCCUUUCCCUUCAUGCUUGGCUGUAGACAGAAUGGUGGUGGCCGUCUGUUUAGAGUUUUAAAUAUUUUUGGUCUAACUUUUUUUUCCAAUUUCUCCUCUGUACUUUGCGAGUGGAUCUAAAUAAUCUGAAACUGACUGAAACAUUCAGGAAAGAUAAAAAAACACCAAAAUAUCAAAUUAGGGUAUGUUGUAUCCAUAUCCCUUUAUGAUGGCUCUCCUGAUUCUCUUUCACCAAUCCACUUCUAUCUUUCUUCUCUCUCCUCCCUCCCCCUUUCCUUUGGGGAGGGCCAAGGAGUCAGUAUACAGAGUAUACAUACAGUGAGCUGCGCUAUAGCGCCUCGCUGUAGUUCCCGUAUAUGUAUCACGCCAAGCUAUACAUGAAGGGAAAGGUGCAUAAAAGAGCUACAAUCCACAUGAAUAAAGAUCAAACUCGGAACUCGGCCCUUGCCCAUCUCUGGGAUUCUCGUAUCUCUUUUAGUCUUGGAGUACUUUCAGAUUCAUGACAUAAGAGUCCGAAAGUAAGCCGUAUUGGGCAAUCCUUUGCUUCGUCAUUCACGUCAGCUAAUCAACGUGUCUGAAUCCUUUUUCACGCGUACGAUACAUUUAUGGAUAUAGCUCAAUAUAGUAUUCUUAUCCUGUGUGUGCUAUCGCAAAUAGUGGAUUAUAUCUGAAACUAAUGCAGAGCGCAAGCAUGUCGCUAGCCGCCUAGCAUCGGCUCAUUGAGCUUGCACGCACCGUUCGAUGUUUGCUUUCUACUCAGCUACACACACAGAGUACUGCACUUUGUUGAUACGGGGAUUUCUUGAUACUGCGCAUGCGCCAUGACGUAUUUCAUCAAUAUGCAUGAGUCGUAAUGAAUAUGCAUGAUUCGAACGGUGUUCUAAUAUCAAUUUAUUUUUUAACCCGAGAGGGCGUCAAUAAGAAAGUUCAAACUUUUAUCGUUUAACCGAGAUUUGUUAUAAUAUAUGUUUCACCCCUCAAUAUCAUGAGAAUAUAAAAGUUAUGCAAGUUUCUUUUCCGUGAUAAAAUAGAGCAAUAAUAUAGGUAUUUAAUGAAUGUAAUAAUUUCAAAAUUGAUUCAUUGCCCUUGUCUGAGAUCAACCAAUCAUACACUAUACCUUUAAUAUACACCAGCUCACAUUCAACCUGAUAAUGUACAUACAAAUAAAUACAUAUACAUUAUCAGGUUUGACGUGCAUAAUUAUGAUACAUAUCUUAUACUUAUACAAACUUGUUAUUUCCUUAUAUUGAUUUAUCUUCAGUUCAUAGUUCGUGAACACAAAAAGGCAUAAUAAAUUUUACCAUGGUUGGUUGCACACAAGAGAUUAAACUACAUUUAUUAAACUCCAACGUUAAGAGUUUUAUUCCCCCAGAUGGAGCAUAUAUAAAGUGACUGGAUGCAAGUAAGAAAUGUCUUUGUAUGUUUAGCAUAAUAUCAAAGCUGCAAUCCUAUUAAUAAGCAUACUUUUGUCAUGUUAAGUACUCAGGCAAAAUGUUAUAGCACUAGUAUAAAGUUGCAACAAUAUACUUGUUUAUUGUUAUCUCAUGUUUAUAAUCCCAUGUUCAAUCGACUUUAAAUCUACCCUUUUCUGACAUUAGUAUAUACUACCUAUAGGUAUAUGUGAGGUCGGUCUGAUAUGUUAUGAUUGUUGAAAAUUAUGGUAAUGAAUGAAUAAAAUUGAUUGAUAUAUAAAGCUAACAGUUAGAAACCGAUCCGAAUUAUAUGGCCUUGUUAUUGUUUGUUUGUUUGCUUGCAUUUAUUUCUGCGUUCAAAAACACAAUACAAAAAUAUUUACAAUUACAAUAUUCAAAAUAAUUCACAAUAUAAACAAUGUAGUCAUAUAACAUGAUAAAUACAAAUAAGGGUGUGAGUAUAAAUUAAUCUUUUAUAAAUGUAAACAUAUAUAUAUAAUGUAAUAAAUGAACGCAGGAGACCGCCAUCGUGAGCGGUUAGGCUUGAAUUGAUGGCGGCCUCAAUUAUUGUCUAGAUAUCAAAUCAAAUUUUCAAAGAAAGAAUCUUUCGAUUGAUGAGUGAAUGCUAGACAUCAUUAUGUCACUUUUUUAGUAUUUUUUAAGUUUGGGUAAAUGAUUAACUAUGUACGCAUUUGAAUAGUACACUGAUUUUUUGUUUACCAAAACUUAAACACACGACAAAAUUGAUGUUUUACAUUAAAUAUUUUAUAUGGAUUUCAUUUCAAUUCAAUUCAAAUUCUUCUUUAUUCACAUAAAAAUGCACAUUCAAAGAUAAAAAAACAAUAUUUUCCUGUUUAAAAAACAAGCAUAAAAUAUCCUGUAUACAACAGUAUACAAAGUAAUUUAUUUUAUACAUUCAUAUUUUAUUAUGAAGAUGCUCUCCCUUAAAUAACAGUAAACUCAAUGAUAAAUUUUCCGCGAAAUACCAGCAAACAAUAAUUGCAGAAAUGAACAUAUUUGAAAUUUCAUAAUUCAAAUUAGCAAUUAGAUCAUUCUUUCCAUACCACUCAUGGUUACUGUUUGUGAAAGUGCAAAAUUAAUUUUCUUAAUUUCAGUUAUUCCACAUUAAAAACAUCGAAAACACUAAAAUACAAUAUUGUUCAAUGUAUGAGAAUUAUUGAACAUAAAACUUAAAUCAAACAUGUACAUAAAAAAUAGGAAAAGAAUCUUGGAAAUAUCAGAGCUUUACAUUCGAUCUUGACUGUCUUUCAAAUCAAAAUAUUGUUUAGAUGGACUUUAGCUUCCUCAUUUGUCGUGGUUCUGACUAUUGUCGGACAUUAUUCCUUUUAUUCCGUCCAUAGGUCUAUGUUUUAUUUGAAGAGACUGCAUACUUGUACGAUUUAGCUAAAUUAUGCCGAGCAGCCGAGGUAUAACAAGCAAGGUAACAAUCCUACUUCUUGUAAAAGAAAUCAAUUCUUGAUGCCUAAAAAUCGAAUUAUUGAUCUCAGGAAUUCAUUCUUGUUAUAUAAAGAGAUAAAUUUGAAUGGCCCACAACAAAAACGCAUCGUCACAUGGACGUACGUUUGCAUAUGCAGGGUCAAUCAGGUGUGACCUCCCCCUUGAUAAAAGCAAAUACUGUUAUCUAACGUUUAUUGACUUGCUCAAUGAACUACUUCGAUCGGCACAGACACUCCAAAGGCUUCCUUAAAUGUUGUUUUCACGAUACAGCAAACUCAUUUUAUUUUAGUAUUUAUGUACGUACAGCGGAAUGUAUAACCCGCUUGAAAAAUAAAUUGGAGAGGUAAAACAGGCGAUAAAAUGGAAACUUUAGGAUUUAGUCCUGCAACUUUGGUACUCUUCACGGUAUUAGUAAGCAUUGUAAGCUAUAGAUGUCUAGUCUGCAUGGUCGCAGUAUGGAGAGAGGUCAAGAGAAUCAUGCACAUUCGGCGAACCCUUCCAGGCCCCAAACCUCACUGGUUGUUCGGCAAUGUCUUGCAGGAACCUGGACCGCUAACUCCUGGGUUUGAGUGGUAUCGUAACAUGGCAAAGACCUAUCCAAAACUCCACGUAUUCUGGGCUGCUUGGAAACCGGUUGUUACCCUAAAUCAUCCAGACUCCGUGAGAAAUGUCCUUAAUGGCAGCGUAGGAACUGUGAAAAGUUCACUUUAUGGUCUGUUUGAAGAGUGGCUAGGUCAAAAUAUGGUUGCCACAGAUGGAAAGGUGUGGAAGAGACACCGAAAACUAAUUACUAGCACUUUCCAUUUCAACGCUCUCAAGAACUACAUCCCCAAGAUAAACCAGGUAGCAGAGACCUUGGUUUCUGUGAUCACGCAGAGAUGUGAGGAAGGAAAGCCCCUAGAACUCUAUAAAUCAAUGGGUUCAUUUUCCAGUGACGUCAUCCUUCAGUGUGCAUUUUCCUACAAGUCUGAUUGUCAAAAGGUCGAGUCACAAUUCGUACAGCAUGCUCACAACUUGAUGGAUAUCGUUACGAAGAGAUCCUUUAGCCCGUUCUUACCGUUUAAAUUCAUCUUCCGGAGAUCUUCACUUUAUAAACCAUGGAGAAGGGGGAUUGAUGUUCUUCAUAAACUUAUAGAGAAGCUCAUUUCAGAACGAAGAGGGGAGCACAACACGAAGGGAUCUAACUUGGAAUACUUCAAAGGGAUGGACUUUCUUGACACUAUCAUGCUAGCCAAAGACUCUGACGGAGGACUAACGGAUGAAGAGAUCAGGGACGAGGCAAAUACCUUCUUGGUUGCCGGAAUUGAUACGACAUCCAGCGCCCUCACUUGGCUUAUAUACUUGUUGGCUACUCAUCCAGAAUACCAGACCAUGGUUCAGGAGGAAGUUGAUGAACUCUUCAAAGAUCGUAAGAAUCGAGAGACUUACAGCGAAGACCUCCAUGAUACUCCGUUUCUGAUAAAAUGCAUCAAAGAAAGUCAGCGUAUGUACUCGUUUGUAUCGCCUAGCCGCCUCUUAACCGAGCCGUUGGUUGUUGAUGGUCUAACUAUUCCGGCUGGGACCGAGAUUACCAUCUUCGUCUACCAACUCCAUCAUAACCCUGAUGUAUGGGGAGAUGAUCACAUGACAUUCAAACCAAGCCGCUUCGACCGUGAGAACAUAGAGAGUCGAGAUUCAUUCGCUUUCAUUCCUUUCUCCGCUGGUGCGCGUAACUGCAUCGGCCAACAGUUCGCGCUUCAGGAGAUGCAAAUAGCCGCGAUUCGAAUGUUCGACAAGUUUAGCUUUACGUUACUCCAAGAUUCCAUUCCAGUCUUUAAAGUAAUUAGCGCGCCACAAGAUGAAAUACUACUUGGUAUUCAUCCACGGAAUGAAAAAAAAAGAAUGGAUAUUGGCGGCAUUAGUCCAGUAGCCACAGUGCUUUUGUCCUGCUUGGUAAGCUUUUUAGGAUAUCGAUGUCUGAUCUGCGUUUUUGCAACCUGGAAAGAAGUCAAGAGAAUCCUUCAUAUUCGACGCACUCUUCCAGGCCCCAAACCUCACUGGUUGUUCGGCAAUGUCCUACAAAAACCUGGACCACUAACCCCUGGGUUAGAGUGGAAUCUUAACAUGGCCAAGGCCUAUCCAAGACUUCAUGUCUUCUGGGCUGGUUGGAAACCGGUUGUAGGGCUGAAUCAUCCAGACUCGAUUCGGAAAAUUCUCACCGACAGUGUCGGAACAGUGAAAAGUUCACUUUAUGGUUUGUUUGAAGAAUGGCUCGGUCGAAGUAUGGCUCUAACAGAUGGCGACCUGUGGAAAAGACAUAGGAAACUCAUUACAGGCACUUUCCACUUCAACGUUCUCAAGAAUAACAUUCCCAAGAUAAACCAGGUAGCAGAGACCUUGGUUUCCGUGAUCACGCAGAGAUGUGAAGAAGGAAAGCCCCUAGAACUCUACAAAUCAAUGGGUUCAUUUUCCAGUGACGUCAUCCUUCAGUGUGCAUUUUCCUACAAGUCUAAUUGUCAAAAGGUCGAAUCACAAUUCGUAGAGUCAUCCCACAACUUGAUGGAUAUCGUUGCGAAACGAUCAUUUAGCCCGGUCUUACCGUUUAAAUCCAUCUUCCGGAGAUCUUCCCUCUACAAACCAUGGAGAAAUGGGAUUGAUGUCCUUCAUGAAUAUAUAGAAAAAAUAAUUUCGGAACGAAGAGAGGAACACAAAACGAGGGGAUCUAACUUAGAAUACUUUAAAGGGAUGGAUUUCCUUGACACAGUAAUGUUAGCCAAAGACUCUGCAGGAGGACUAACGGAUGAAGAGAUCAGAGACGAGGCAAAUACCUUCUUGGUUGCCGGAAUUGAUACGACAUCUAGCGCACUCACUUGGUUGUUGUAUUUGUUGGCAACUCAUCCAGAAUACCAGACCAAGGUACAUGAAGAAGUUGAUGAACUCUUCAAAGAUCGUACAAAUCGAGAGAUAUCCAGUGAUGAUCUUCGCAAUACUCCAUAUCUGUUGAAAUGCAUCAAGGAAAGUCAGCGUAUUUACUCGACUGUAGCACCAGGCCGCCUCUUAACCGAGCCAUUGGUUGUCGAUAGGCUAACCAUCCCAGCAGGAACCGAGAUUACAAUCUACACGCACCAACUCCAUCACAAUCCUGAUGUAUGGGGAGAUGAUCACAUGGCUUUCAAACCAAGCCGCUUCGACCGAGAGAACGUCGAGAGUCGAGAUUCAUUCGCUUUCAUUCCUUUCUCCGCUGGAUCGCGUAACUGCAUCGGCCAACAUUUCGCGCUUCAGGAGAUGCAAAUAGCCGCGAUUCGAAUGUUCGACAAGUUCAGAUUUACAUUGCUCCAAGAUUCCAUUCCAGUCUUCAGAUUAGUUAGCGCACCACAGGAUGAAAUAUUACUUGGCAUUCAUCCAAGGAAUGAAGAGUAAUAUUCUAAAAGUCAAUUUAAUCGUACAAGUCUGCCCCCCGUGUAAUACUCUGUGUUCAAGGAACUCUUGGACUUGUUGGAUAUGCUAUAUUAAGGGUGGUGCCAAGGUAUUCAUUAGGGGCAGGACGACCUAAGGUUUACGUCAAUGUUUUUUCAAUUGACUUGCUGGAAUAUUCAAAUUCAAAUUCAUUUAUUUCACAUCUCUAAAAACAUACAAGUUACAGUACAUCGAAAUUUAAUCAAAUUGAUAAAAAUGACUCCAUAGUAAUGGAGUAAAUAUGAAUAUUGUAAAAUUAUGGCAAAAAUAAGAAAAUACAUAAAGUAAUGAAUGGGAUGUGAGGGAGUAGCACAGGGGCGGAGGGAGCGAAGUUGAAAGGGGGCACAGAGAGAAAAAAGGGCAAUUUUUCUUUCGAAAAGGACACUAUUUUAAACAUGGCCGUAUGCAUAAAUUUUUCGCAUGGGGGGCAGCACGCGUGAACUUUUUGGUAGAAAACUCAAAGCGAGGGAGCGAAGCGACCGAGCUUAUCUUUGAUGCGCUUUUGCAUUUUUAAAAGUGAAAUUGAUGGAUUUUGUGCAUACUUUUAGUGAAUUUUGUGAAAAUCUGCAGUUAAAAAAAAAUCGGGAAGGGGGAGCAACUGCCCCCCCCCCCAUGCGUAUACUGCCAUGAUCUUAAAACAAAGAAAAAUAAGACUUAUCUUCCCAACUCACAUGACUCAUGAACUUAAGGCACAUAGGAUUAUUUUUCAUUAUAUGCACUUGCAGGAGGAACAGAACGGCGCUACAUAAAGAAACCGGGCGCUCAUCGGGCACGGAAAGAGUGGGUUUUCUGGACAACCUAUCUGAUAUGAAGAACGGGCACCUAUAAGAGAGCGAAGAUACGCUCGUUAACACAUAAAACAGGUCCUUCUCGGGUGAAAGGGGCACAGGAACGUUCGUGGGGGCACUUUCCUUAGGUAAAAGGGGGUACUGAUACGAGAAAGGGCACCUAUAAGAUAGCAAAGGGUACUUUCUAACGGCAUAAGACGGAUCCUUCUCAGAUGAAAGGGGCACAGGACAUGUUCGUGAGGGGAUUUUGGGGGUAAAAUUUGGCACUGAUACAAGGAAUGGCACUUGCUAACAGGUCCUUGUCAGGUGAAAAGGGCACAAAACACGUCCGUGAGAGGUCAUUUUUUUUUUUUGGGGGGGGGGGUUUGGAACUUAUACAAGAAAGGGCACUUGGUAACACCUAAAACGGGUCCUCUUCCGAUGAAAGGGGCACAGUACACGUUCGUGAGGGAGCAUUUUUCUUGCGUAAAAAGGGCACUUUUUCAGUACCGUGUGAAAGGGUGGUAUGAUAGGCAGAUUUCAAAGAUAUUAUGUAAGCAUGCCUUACAUAGCAGGAUGUAGAAAUUGUAGACCAGGUGAAUACCCGCACUUUCACACGUGUGAAAAGUCCGAUGACUCUGCAGACUGCAGUCAUCAUUACAAUGAUGAUUCAAGAUUCACGUGUGAAAAGGCCCUUGAAUAGCACGCCAAUAAACGCUCUAUGAAAGUAUUUGUUGCGUUUUUACUUUGAAUGCAUUAUCAAGUUGCUAUAUUAACAAUAGUUGGCCAACUGUGAAAAACCUCUCGCUAGUGGAUGCAUUGUUGUUUUUGUGUGGAUGUAAUGAAAAACAAAUUCAAAAGAAUAUAUGAAUAAUCAAGACAUCAAAUGUGGUGUUUAUCUCAUUAUAUUAAACCACCAUGCCACUUUUACCGCCCUUUUCACACGGUAAAGAAAUCGUAAUUUGAAUGAUUCCAGUGAAAAAUAAUGCUAGUGACGAAUAUUUAGCACGUGUGAAACCAAACUAGAAAAUUAUUAGAAUCACGAACGCUUAUCACAGUCACGAUUACAUUAGCAAUAAUUAUUGCAUUGAUGAUUCAAGAUUCACGUGUGAAAAGGCCCUUAGUAAGAAUUACCUUCUUCUAAUCAUGCGCAGAAUGGAACUCCGAACAGUACGUCAGUGUUCGUAUUUGAAAAUCGUCUAUUGCAUUCUCCGCUCUUUGGUACAUUGAUUAUUACUUGGAUGUGAUGAAAAUAAUUAUUUUUUUAGAAGAAAUAUAUGAACAUGAUAAAAUAAUCAUCAAAUCACGAAUGCGUAUUCAACAUUGUCACUUAUCACUUACUAAUAAGAAGUGAAAAGGGAUCCACAAUAACCAGUCAACCCAUUUCCUAAAUCAUUUUGUUUGCACUUGUAUAAGUCAAAUCAAAAUAUGAAGUAAAAACAGUCAUUUUAGUUUAAAAAUAUGAUUAAUAUGAUUUGCAUUAUAUUUCUAGUUUUACAAAAUUUCGUCUGAUUUAUAAUGUUUACCUAAGUCUUAGUUUGCUUUGUUAUUUUGUAUGCCAUCUGUCGAACCAAACAUAUGUCCCUACUCAAUUUCUGGUUCAUACCCCUUACAUUACGGGUCUUCGACUU